AUGGCCCCUGGUGUUUCCAGUUGCCAUUAUCGCGAAGUUCCUCGUUCCAUCUCCUUCUCUGGAUCUGGAUUUCUGGCCACCUACCAGUUGGGGGUCAUCCAGUGCUUCCUGAAUCAUGCGCCCUGGAUACUGCGCACUGCACCUUCCGUGCUUGGCGCAUCUGCUGGAUCUCUGGUAGCAGCUGCUGUGGUGUGUGAAAUGAACCCGACUUCCAUCAAGGAUGAGAUUAUUCAUUUUGCCAAACAGAUGAAAGCUUUUACACUUGGACCGUUGAACCCCUCAGUCAAUGUUUUCCGCUGGUUAGAGGAUGUUUUGAGGAAGCAUCUUCCCGAUGAUGCUCACCAACUGGCCAGUGGUCGCCUUGCCGUUGCUACGACCCGCCUGACUGAUGGCAAGCACACUGUCAUGACUGAGUUCCACUCCAGGGAAGAUGUAGUACAGGCUCUGCUCUGCAGCUGUUAUGUGCCCGGAUACUGUGGUUUUCUGCCCCCAUCCUUCAAAGGAGUACGUUAUUUGGACGGAGGUUUUACUGGGAUGCAGCCCAUCUCCUCCUCCAGCACACUGACGGUGUGUCCAUUCUCCGGAGAGACAGACAUCUGCCCAGCCGACACUCCUUGCAUGUGGGAGAUGGUAACAAGCGGGGCAGUUCUCAAUGGCAACUUGGCCAACAGCUUAAGGAUCGUCAAUGCCCUUUACCCCAUGACUAUGGAGGUUCUAGAACAAGCCUUCCACGAUGGCUACAAAGAUGCCGUUCAUUUCCUCCUGAGCAACGUGUCCCCAGGGCCACUUAGCUAUGAGCACACUAAUGAAUGGAUGCAUCUGGAGACCACCAAAGAGCGCGAGGAGGAGACGAAGGUGGAAAAGGAGGUCACCCCUCCGACGACGUCUACAGCCAACAGAUCCAAGCAGAUGAGCAACUCCAAGGAGCAGGAAAUCGCUAGAUAUCCUUCUCUUCAUUUAGACAUGACAAAGAAUGUUUUGCUGGCCAAUUCGGUGACUUACCUGAGCAUGUUGGGGCUCCCUGCGAGAAUCUUGUCCUACCUGCUCCUACCUCUCACGCUGCUGUUCAGCGUCAUACUUCAGAGUAGGCACAGACUGGGGCUGCUGUUCAGGCAGGAGCCUGAGUUGAUUGGCUGGACUUGGCACAGCAUGAGACUUUUUACUUUAUUCUUUGUCACUGUCUGCAUCUGUACCAUCAAGAAGAACAUACAGGGCAGGGUCAUGCCCAUCAUCCUGAUGUUGCAGUGGCUGUCGAUCCAAGGACAUUAUGAGGCUGAACGGGGGCUGAAGUACUCAUCGCUUCAAAACAAGCUUUCCUCCCAUUCAGAAGACGAGAGGAGCAGCAGUCUGCAAAGGCUAAUAAACUCCUUAUCUCCAGGUUACAAGAAUCAGAGGUUACAGUAGCUGACCAACCAGAAAUGUAAACACUGUAUUCUUUGUACAGCCAGUCACAUGUAUCUUGUGACGCAAAGCCUUUAUGAGUGCACAUUUCUACUGAAUGCACUUAGUCGGAAGGUUGAGGUUAUUCAAAGAGGGCUUUAUUUUAUGUAAGCUAGUUAAAAUGUUACACUGUAAUAGCAGACCUCCACUAAGACUCAGUUCUAGCAGGAUUGGUUCCUAUACAGUCAACAUUAUACUGGAUGUACGGCUGAGUAGCUAAAGACAAGGUAUGAAGCCAAACAGAGAGAACAGUCUGAAGGUGGUACAAGUUAUAAAGACAUUGUAAGUGAAAACUGGACCUGAUGUGGUGCUACUGGUAAUUUAUUGUUGAACUUGUCUGAUUAAUAACUGCUGACUUAUAAUAAGCUGACUGUAAACUGUACAACAAUAUGACUAUAAUCUUUAAAUACUUUCUGUGUUAUAUAGAAAUAUAUAGUUAUACUCUUUCUUAGUCCAAUGGACAGUAUAAUCAACGCUCCUAAUCUUCAAUAUGCUGUUGUGUCUGUUGCUAAAACACAAAGCUCCAAGGACUCCAGACUGGAGCGGUUCAUCAGCUGACUUUUCCUUAGAAAACAGCCAUCACACAUCCCUCUGUGUGUUCCACACUAAUCAAUUAUCCAGAACUGCAACUAGAAUAUCUCAGGAAGAGCACUUCAGUCACGUAAUAGGUUUCACUCCCGGGCAACACUAUUUCACUUUUUGACAUUUUCAGCGUAAGCUUUAGGUCGCUUGCGUCAGGUCACCGUGCAGUGACUCACUGGCCUCAUGGCAUGACAUUCCACUUCCUGUUGCUCUGUUAUAACAUACUGUAACCAAGUUCAAAGUGUUCUGAAUGACUUUUGUGACUGCAACUCAAUAAACAGUGCUGCUCUUA